AAACAAAAGCAUAUAAGAAAUGGAUUCAGCGCUAUCUCUCACAACUCCAGGCCGUCGUCUGGCACUCCCACAACCAGAGACAUCCAAUAUGACUCAAGCACUUUUGGAUCUGGCCAUGGCAACUGCCUCACCACUCCUCGAGGAAUAUAAUAAUUCGAUAAAUGGCUCAACUGCAACAACUUAUAUCCCAUAUGGAAGACGUCCAGAGACUUAUAUUGUGCCCAUACUGUUUGCCCUGAUCUUUGUGGUCGGCGUACUGGGCAAUGGUACGCUCAUUGUGGUCUUUCUCAGUGUGCGACAGAUGCGAAAUGUGCCCAACACUUAUAUACUUUCCUUGGCCCUGGCUGAUCUUUUGGUUAUAUUGACAACAGUUCCAUUGGUCUCUACGGUCUAUGCUGUGGAAUACUGGCCAUGGGGCGCUCCACUUUGCAGUGUUACCGAAUUCAUGAAGGAUGUGUCAAUUGGAGUAUCAGUCUUUACCUUGACUGCUCUAUCGGGUGAUCGAUAUUUUGCUAUAGUUGAUCCACUGCGUAAAUUUCAUGCACAUGGAGGUGGUCGUCGAGCGACUCAUAUGACUUUGGCCAUUGCUGUAUCUAUUUGGCUUUUGGCCAUACUUUGCGGUAUACCAGAUUUAAUUGGCAGUAAUCUUAAGCCCGUUGGCAUUAGUCUUGAGAAAUCGAUUCUAAUCUGUUAUCCAUAUCCUGAUGAUUGGGGUGCAAAUUAUGCCAAAACUAUGGUUCUAUUAAAAUUUUUGGUAUAUUAUGCCAUACCUUUGGUUAUCAUAGCUGCUUUCUAUGUAUUAAUUGCUCUGCAUUUGAUGUACUCGGCCAGUGUUCCCGGUGAGAUGCAAGGAGCUGUCAGACAGGUUCGAGCUCGUCGUAAAGUUGCUGUAACAGUAUUGGCAUUUGUUGUCAUCUUUGGUAUUUGCUUUCUGCCAUAUCACGUCUUCUUUCUCUGGUUCUACUACUGGCCAACUGCACAAGAAGAUUAUAAUGCAUUCUGGCAUGUCCUGCGCAUCGUCGGAUUUUGCAUGUCCUUUGCCAACAGCUGUGCCAAUCCGGUUGCCCUCUACUUUGUGAGCGGGGCCUUUCGCAAGCAUUUCAAUAGAUAUCUCUUUUGCCGAGGCGUCAACGGACGCCGCAAGAAGCGCAGCCAACACAAUGACACAUUCUGCAUGCAUCGGGACACUUCAUUGACCAGCACCGCCUCGAAACGCUAUCAAUCGCGUCACUCCUGCUAUCAGAGCACUGUACGCAGUUGUCGCCUGCAAGAGACAACCAUAACCUCGCUGCCACCCCUCACGAACGGUGGACAAAAUGCUCCCAUUUCGGUUACCGCCCUGCCCGAAUCUAUGCCAGCGAGCUAUGAAUUUGCCCCGCUAAGUGAAAUUGGUCAGUAUAGACCAAACCACGCAUCAAGGCAACUGACCCAACCACAGCAGCAUCAGCAGGAAUCCCCAUUAAAUUGAAAUACCAAAAUAAAAAACGUAGGCAGACCGCCCUCAACGGAGAUUACAGGAAGUGAAGUAGCCACAUAAUUUUUAAUCCAAUUAACAUUUUUGCAAAUUUCCAAGAAUCAUAGUAUUCAGUGUGUGUGGGUGGACAUUUUCAGGGAACCACACUCGAGGAAAUUUAACUAAUACGUGAGGCGUCUGAAGAGUAAACGUAUCGGCCAAAAGAAUAAUUUUUGUGGAAUUUUCUCAUUUAGCUCCAAGCGUUCUACUUACUUUUUUAGCAAAUUGAAAAAUGAUUUAGCAUGAAAAUUAGUCAACUGAACUAAAGGCGAAAGAAGGCAGCGGCUAGAAUGAAAAACCAAACCAAUAUUUAUGAAAACAAGUUGGAAUAAGCUUAUUUGAUGAUGGGAUAGCCAAGAAGGUUUUUGAUUACAGUCCAGGGUUAUCUUAAGAGCUCUAAUGACACUGAAACCAUUGCCUAUGUUCUUGCAAACAACAACAGGCUCUUAAUAAAGUAGGAAAAAUGUUAUCGCGAAUAAAAAGAGUGUACCUAUUAACUUGGAAAACACUGUACAAAGCAAAUUCAAUAUCGAAUGUGUGCCAUUUCAAAAAUGUUAUCGUCAAAAAUAGAGCGUACGUAUUAAAUUGAACUGCACUGUAGAAAAGAAUUAACUUUUCAAUGGGAGUCAUUUCUAAAAUGUAUUAAGGAAGAUAUUUGCUGAAACGCCGACUAAGAAAAGGAAAAUCAUUUUAAUGAAAAAUAGUAUUAAACUGUGUGAUAGACCAGAGACGGAUUCAAUGGAGUGGUCUAGAGUCCGAAUUGAUUUUGAAAUUUUUUCCUAUAUCCGUUCUUGUAACGGACCAAUUCUGAACUGAUGUUUAAUGAAGAAACUGACUCAAUUAAUAGACUUUGGCUGAAAAAAAAAAUAUACUAAGCUUUGCCAACGUUUGUUCUCAAAAAGUUUUAGCUUGAAGAAAGAACAUGGUGAAUCUUAAAAAACCCAAUGAGCCAAACUGUUUUUCCUUUUAGGCAAGGCUUGAAAGAAAGUAAAUCUUAAGAAAAGAAAACAAAACGUAAGAAAAGUUCCACUUGGCCAGGACAUUUACUUUUCAGGCGUUUAUUUAUGUACUUGUUUAUACAAAUAGCUAGAAAGUUGUUAAAGUCCUUAGUUUUGUACAUAAAUAUAAGCAUACUGAAUGAUGCAUACUAUGUAGUCUAUAUACUAUAUGUAUAUGC